AUGAUCUUAAACUUUCCCAUGGCUCGGGAUGGUGUGAAGGAACUCACCUCCUCAGGCAGCACAGUUCCCUCCUCUGGUAGCACAGUUCCCGGAUUUUUAUGUUGCUAUACUAAAUAUCAGACUCUGGGUAGUUUAAAAGUAAAAAAGUUUCAUUUCACCACAGUUCUGGCACUGUCAUCUGUGGACUGUAGUGAAGACCUCAUGUCAGAUGGCAUCACAGUGGUGGGAGCUUUACCAAGUUUCCAAAAUGGUCGCAAUGAUGAUGUCAAAUGCUUUUGCUGUGAUGGCGGCUUGAGGUAUUGGGAAUCUGGAGAUGACCCAUGGGUAGAGCAUGCCAAGUGGUUUCCAAGGUGUGAGUUCUUGAUACGCAUGAAAGGGCAGGAAUUUGUUGAUGAGAUUCAAGCUAGAUAUCCUCAUCUUCUUGAACAACUAUUGUCAACUUCAGACACUCCUGGAGAAGAAAAUACCAAUCCACCAAUUGUGCAUUUUGGACCUGGAGAAAGUUCUUCAGAAGAUGCCGUCAUGAUGAACACCCCUGUGGUUAAAGCUUCUUUGGAAAUGGGGUUUAGCAGAAGCCUGGUAAAGUAGACAGUUCAUAAAAUCCUAACCACUGGGGAGAAUUACAAAACAGUUAAUGAUAUUGUAUCAGAACUUCUUAAUGCUGAAGAUGAAAGAAGAGAAGAGGAAAAGGAAAGACAAGCUGAAGAAAUGGCAUCAGAUGACUUGUCAUUAAUUCGAAAGAAUAGGAUGGCUCUCUUUCAACGCUUGACAAGUGUCCUUCCUAUCCUGGACAGUCUUUUAAAGGCCAAUGUAAUUAAUAAACAGGAGCAUGAUGUUAUUAAACAAAAAACACAGAUACCUUUACAAGCAAGAGAACUGAUUGACACCAUUUUAGUUAAAGGAAAUGUUGCUGCCACCAUGUUCAAAAACUGCCUAAAAAUUGACUCUACAUUAUUUGAGAACUUAUUUGUGGAAAAGAAUAUGAAGUAUAUUCCAACAGAUGUUUCAGGUCUGUCACUGGAAGAGCAACUGAGGAGGCUGCAGGAAGAAAGAACUUGUAAAGUCUGUAUGGACAAAGAAGUUUCUAUUGUGUUCAUUCCUUGUGGUCAUCUGGUAGUAUGCCAGGAAUGUGUCCCUUCUCUAAGAAAGUGCCCUAUUUGCAAGGGUAUAAUCAAGGGUACUGUUUGUACAUUUCUCUCAUAAAACAAAA